AUGUUCCGGCCCGACAAACAAAGUGGCCUCACGUUGAUCGACAUGCCUGUGAAUGAAUCUCCAGGUUCAUUGCUGCCACUGCUGACAUCCGAGCGAAUCCCAACGCUUCAACGAAGCCGUCAAAUCAUGAACGUCCAAUACAACUCGGCCUUGCGGCAGAGCAAAGCCAUCCGGACUGAACUAUCGACCCUCGGUGACCGGGCACCCCCAAGCCCUGCGGACAUCGGCAACGUCUCCGCCUCGUUGGCCUCCUUCUCCAAGUCGAUCGACGAGUACAACCAUCUCGCACGUCAGGAGAUUGCUCCGAAGAAGCAGGAGGAGGCCUUUGCGCGCGUCAAAAAGUUUCGGGAGGACCUGUCCGACUUCCGCGCCCAGGUCGACGGCCUGAAGAACGCCCGGGAGGAUGCCGCCCAUCAGUCGAAUAGAGCCGAGCUCCUGGGGAGGCGGCCGUACAACGCAACGCCCGAGAACCCGUACGCAAAUGUCACGACGUCGACGCACUCGGCAUUCCAGCCGCGAAGCCAACCGGCGAACCCUCCGCGCCUGACCACCGGGUCCGCCGAUGAGCAGCGCGAGGCCCACGCCCUCCGCGAGCAAAACUUCUUCGCCAGCACCCAUCAGUCGCUCGACGAAUACAUCGCUCGUGGCCAGGCCGUUCUCGGCGACCUGGGCCACCAGCGCGAGAUGCUGAAGAGCACCCAGAAGAGGCUGUACAGCGUUGCCAACACCCUCGGCGUCAGUGGCGACACCAUCCGCAUGGUCGAGCGUCGCGCGCGCGAGGACAAGUGGAUCUUCCUCGCCGGUGUCAUCACCUUUUUCCUCUUCUGCUGGCUCGUCCUCCAUUACCUGCGGUGA